AUGGAAAAACAGUAAAGUAAACUGCCACCAAUCAAGAAUUAGUACUCUUCAAACAAUGGCCAUGAAUCUGCAAGCAGUCAGUUGUAAUAAGAUGUCCAUCCUAAUGGGGUUGAAUAUGAUGUACAAUUAGUUGGCUCUAUUCCACCAUCAUCAGGGAAAUAAAGUAAUUAAAAUUACUUAGAUGAGAAUUAAAAGGAGGUCGAUUUAGAAAGUCCAGAUUUAACUUACAAUCAAGCUAAAAAGAUUAGAACUUAGGUAGAGAGGGAUGUGGAAUUACUAAGAAAUAGAGUGAGGAUGCUUCAGUUAGAGGAGGAAAGAGCUCUAAAAAAGAUUAAUGAAACGAAGAAAAAAACAUCGCAAAUAUUAGAUUUAAAAAAGAAGAAUGAUGAAAAAUUUUAGAAAUAGCUUGUUGAGCAGCAAUAAAACUUAGGGUCCUUGAAAACUAAUUAAAGUACAAACUAUGAAAAAAGAUAGAAAUAACUCAUUGACAUAAAAUAAAAACAGCUGUAGAUGUACGAAUCCAAAAAGUAGGAUGCUGAAUAGUUAAAAUAGAAUAUUAGAUAGCAGUAGUAAAUUAAGAAUAAACUAGAAUAUGAUUAAGUCAUGCAAAACUAAGAACGUAAAAAUCAACUUAAGGCAGAAAAGUAGCAUGCUUAGUACAAGAUAAAUGAUUACCUGGUAACCAAGCACGAGAGAGCGAGGGAAGAGACCUCUAAAAAAAUGGAAUCUGAGAAGAUGUAGAUCAAGAAUUAUGAACUUGAAGCGUAAUAGCUUGAGUUAUAUGAGGCUGAUCUACUUCGAAAACUACAAGAAACUUAGCAAAAGGAGAAGAAUGCAUUUAAUAUGCUUGAAAGUGCAAUGAUUGAUGCUGCAAUUCCCAAGAAAAUGAGAGUUGGAGCCAAUUAGAGUUUAUAUUCCCAAGGAUCAGGAAGAAGUCAGAUGAGAGAGGGAUCUCAUUAGACAAGUGUUAGAAGCUCAACAACUAAAAGAUAAAGAUGA